UGUCACCACACCGGAAGUGAAGGCGCCGCCUGGCUCUGCUCCUUCUACGCAUGCGGGCGUGUCCUGGUCUCCAUGGUGGUGCCUGCGAAAGCCAAGACGAGACGACAUGGAAAUGGAGAGCAGUGGAUUGGAAUAUGACACAGUGACACACCCUACAGAGCUGCUUAUCACCUGCACCAAUGCAGACACUCCGGCAGAGGAAACAGAACUGGAAACUGAGGACAGUGCCCACCAACAUAUAUCUGCCCUUGCUGAACAGUACCACCUUAUAGAUCAAAAUGGGCAUACCAUUCACUAUGAGAUCCAGGCACUCCCUGGCAAUAGCUCUCAAAUGAUGAUCUUGACCAGUGAAUCAGAAAAUGGACAGGUAUUCCAUGUCAUUCCUUCUAGCCAAUCUGGAACAGCCCAGCUGAUUAUGCCUCAGGAUAACGAGUCUGCAGAGCAUGGCCAGGCCAGUGAUGACCUGCAAACUGAAACCAGCAGCUUUAUUAUCCACUCCAACACUUCACUUACUGUGCAUAAUAAGUCACCCACCAGAUGGACUGUUGAACCCUUUCAGAAACCUCUUCAAGCUCUUCCUCUUAACAUUCCUUCUUGGGCCCGUCGUCUCCGGAGCUGUGAGAAAAUUGGAGACUCUUACCGUGGGUACUGUUUGAGCGAGGCUGAGCUCAUGAACAUUUUAGGCCUACAUAAGCAGCAAACAAUGAGUGUUUGGGGAACACGCCAAUCUCCAAGCCCAGCCAAACCUGCCACUCGCUUAAUGUGGAAAUCACAAUAUGUUCCUUAUGAUGGAAUCCCUUUUGUAAAUGCAGGAAGCAGAGCAAUUGUGAUGGAAUGUCAGUAUGGGCCAAGAAGAAAAGGUUCACAGCCCAAGAGAAGUGUGGAGAUAGACCCCGCAUCUGGGCAAUCAUACAAAGCAACAUGUCCUGCAAGGAUAUACAUAAAAAAGGUAAAGAAGUUUCCAAAAUACAGAGUUCCUACAGAUGCAAAGAUUGAUAAAAAACUGAUUAAGAUGGAGCAAGAAAAAGCUUUCAACUUACUAAAAAAGGAUUUGGAUAGUACAGAGGGCAUUUUAAGAUGGUAUGUGCAGUUACCUGAUCAGGAAGCGCAUCAGUAUCACCUACUAGAUGCAGGCUGUUUCUCGCCAUCACCUACCUCAUUCCAACCAUCUAAUGAGGAAGAAGAGGAAGUGGUCUGUGAUGAGAACUCUGCUCUACCUUCUCGGCUGCACCCCAGCGUAACAGAAAAAAUUCGGGAGCUUGUGUCCAAAGGAAUUGAUGAGGUUUAUGCUGUAAGGAAACAGUUAAGAAAAUAUGUGGAGCGAGAGCUUUUUAAACCUGAUGAAAUUCCUGAACGGCAUAACCUGUCUUACUUCCCAACUGUGAAUGAUCUAAAGAACCAGAUCCAUGAGGCACAGAAAGCCUUGGGGAAUGGAGACCUCAUCUACGAUCAGGAGACUGUUCCAGGAUCAGUGGGAGAGUUGCAGUGGAACUCUGAUAAUGGCAGUGUUCUCAACGAAAUGGUUACAGUUACAUUUGAAGCGGCAUCUCAAGAUGAGCAAGAAGAGGAGCAUUCGCCCAAUGAAGACCUCUGUCAAGAUACAGCUCAGCUGAUCUCCUCACUUACCUCUCUUCAACCAAAAAUAUUUGCACAGCUACAGGGACUUCACCUUCAGCCCUCUUUCACAUCCUCUGAUGGAACUACUGCCCUCAUUGCAGUGAAUCGGCCAUCUUCCACAUUCGCCUCUACUGAUGAAACAACAGCUCUAAUUAGAGUGAACUCUGAAACUCCAUCAUUUACAUCUUCUGAUGGGACAACAGCACUUAUUACAUUGAAUCACCAGCCCCAGACAUUCACAUCUGCUGAUGGAACUACUUCCCUUAUCACAGUAAGCCCAUCAACUCUCUUAAAUGCUGGAGCAAGCAAUCAGCCACUUGUGCUAAGUCACUUACACAGUCAACCAUGUAACUCCUCUAUGUCUUCUGUCACUACUUUGCCUGCAUCUGGUCACAACAUAGUGAGUAUGGGACAGCUAGUGACUGUGGAGGAUGCUUCUGGCAUGUCAGGAGAAGUGCACCAGAUCCUACUGGGGGAGAUACACCCAAUUCCUAUCAGGAUUAUAGACAACCAGCCAACAAUUGUUGAAGUCAGUCCAGUUGAUGCAUUUUGUACUGAACACAUCGAAGAAAGGAAAGAGCAAACUGAAUCACAGCCACAUGAAGAUGUCGUGGAAACUAUGGAUUUUCAGGACUCGGCUUGAACAAAGAAAAAUAAUGACAUGAUCCCUUUUUUUUAUUACUUGUAAUGCAUUUUCUGCAGUAGGAUUUAAUAACUCUCACAUUGAGGGGAACAUAUGGACAAUAGUCAAUACUGAUCCAAAAUUUGGAUAUAUUGCUGAUAACAAUGUUGCAUAUCAUUUCUGCUAAAAAAAAAAAAUACUUCUAGAAAUGAAGGGUUUAAACCAGGACAUAUGUACAGGCACUGGGUGCUUUGUGUCUUUUUAGUCAUAGGAAAUUGGUGCAAAUAUUGGAUGUUCCUAAAUUAUUUGAAGCAAACACAAUGGUAACAUAAGUAGGUGUUCUGGACUAAUAUGUGAACCCCUAAUGUACAGGCAACUGCGUCAUAUUGUAUAUCCUGUACAUGUUGGUAUAUUCUACACAUCUGAGAGCAAGACUAUCACAUUGUAUGUCUGGUUAGAGCAUGCCAUAAUGAACAUCCCAUGGGCUACAAUGGCCCUAAUGGUCUCUGUAUACUUUGUAUUAUUAUUAUUAUUAUAUCGCCUUGAGAAUUGUGUUGCAUAGUUUUUAUCUGGGCACAUACAAGUACUUAUAUCGCUUAAACAAGUGAUGUGGUUGACAGUCUGCAGCCGCACAACAAAGUAAAAUCGGUAAGACCAAACCGAAAAAGAGUGAUUGAACUUAAGGGCAGCUACACAUAUCUGGAUGUCAAUGGGUUUCUAAGGUCUUGUGCUGGAAUAAAAUACCAAACCAGUUCUGGCUUUCUGGUGAAGUGAAUCUCAGACUUUGCAAGGGGGCUGCCAUUACUAACUUCCCUUGACAAGGUUUUAUUCUUAAUGAAAGUAGAAAAGCUCAUUGUGAAAAUCAAGUACAUUUUACUAACCCAUUUCUAAAUAUGAUGACAUUACUGUUUAUACUGCAGUUUAAUUUGUAUCCUUGUGUGAAUGGUAGAAGAUAUAAUGCUAGUUAAUGUUAAAGCCUAUUAGAGCUUUUAGUUUAAAUACAGUCCAUGUUUAUCUAAAGAAAAGGUGUACAAAAACAGCCACAACUUGAGUAGAAACGUUUUUCCUCUGCAUGAAUACUGCAGUGUCAGAUCAUUGCUCUCUUCAGGAAAGCAAAAUCUCUUUGCAGAGGUCCGACGGGCCCUCUGCUAAAGUACACACUAUUCAGCCACGGGGUUGUAUGAAAUAAAACUGUCAACUCCGGUUGGAGCUGCUGUACUAACCAUGUGAGAUUAGUUCAACAAUCUCCCUCAGUGAGCUGUUGUGUUCUGACAGAGGGACGACCCCCUCCACCCACCAAAACACUCCGAUCAGCACUCUCUGCCAUUGGCUGAGAGUGCUGAUCGGAAGGCGGUCGGAAGCUGGUUUUCCAGCAUGCACGUCCGACAUAAGCCGGUGGGACGGCCCAACUUCUGUCACACUACACACAGCCAAAUGUCUCCAAAUGUUUUUUAACCUCCCGUUGUCUCCCUAUAUUCGGCCCAUGUGUACGGGGCUUAAAGGGGUUGUAAAGGUAUUU